GUAAGCAAAAAAAGGAGAAUGGUCCGCUUUGUUUGAGGGUAGGGAGAGAGAGCAAAGAGAAGGUACACAUUCUUGAAUUGAAUUAUGUGAGAGGAUGGAGAGGGAAAGCUGGUAUGAGAGAAGAGGGGAGAAGGAAACACACCUUUCUUCUUCAUCUUUUUCUUCUUUUCUCUCUCUCUCUCUCUCUCUCUCUCUCUCUCUCUCUCUCUCGAUUCUCACAUUGUUCUUAAACUUUUUCCAGCCCCCUCCCUCAAUCAUCGUUUCAAUUCCACCAUCUUGGGAAUUGCUGCUGUGCAUGUGUCAUGUGAAACAUCACAGAAAGUUGUGUGUAUAUAUAUAUUAUAUAGGUAAACAAUAAACACACGUUUGUAUAUAUAAUCGGCGGCUUGAGUUUCAUGCAUGACGCCGGAGAUGAUGAAUGGAGUUCAAAGCAUGGAAUUGGCUCCUUCCAUCAGUUCCAUGGACCCUCCCAAGAGGAGGCUUUAUCAAGUUUGGAGGGGUCGAAAUAAGUUCGUUUGUGGUGGGAGAUUGGUCUUUGGUCCCGAUGGAGCAUCGAUGAUUUUAUCUACUUCUCUAAUAGCAACCCCUGCAUUAAUAUUUUGUUUAAAAACACUUCUUAGGAUUUCAGAAAUAGAUCCGUUAUAUGGGCGUGCUGUUCCAACUGUGGCGUUUAUCCUCAUAAUUUUGGAUUUGAACUUUCUGUUCUUGACAUCCUCGAGCAAUCCAGGACUUGUUCCUAGGAAUUCAAGGCCACUUGACGAUGAAAGCGUAAAAUCUUCAGAUUGGAUAAACAACUCGUAUUCUGAUAUAAAAUUACCGAGGACAAAGGACGUAUUUGUCAAUGGCCAUAUGGUUAAAGUGAAGUUCUGUGACACCUGUUUGCUAUAUCGUCCACCACGUGCCUCUCAUUGUUCAGUUUGCAACAAUUGUGUUCAGAGGUUCGAUCAUCAUUGCCCGUGGGUUGGUCAAUGUAUUGGAGCUCGUAACUAUAGGUGCUUCAUCCUUUUCAUAACAACGUCAACAAUUUUGUGCACAUAUGUCUUCAUAUUUUCAUUGUUGCACCUCCUUGAACAGCCGGGUAGCACAUGGAGUAAGAUGUCGGGGGAUGUUGUGUCACUCGCUUUAAUUGUAUACUGCUUCAUCGCUGUCUGGUUCGUUGGCGGGCUAAGUGUUUUACACUUUUACCUUAUGUGUACUAACCAGACUACAUAUGAAAACUUUCGAUACCGCUAUGACAAGAAGGAAAACCCAUAUAAUCGGGGAAUUGUGAAUAACCUCAAAGAAAUCUUAUUCUCGAGGAUAACACCAUCGUUGGUCAAUUUCCGAGAAUGGGUGGUCGUAGAAGAAGAAUCAGUGAUGGGGUCAUUUAGUCAUAAAUUUGGCGCGAUCAAUUCCAAAGGCAAGUUUGACCUGGACAUGGGGAUACUGGGCAAGGAUGGUAGUUUCUCGGUUCCAGAAAUUUUCCAGAAUUUGGAUUACAAUGGAAUUGAUCCGAAGAAAGACAAAGGUGCUGGACUCUUUGCAUUCGAUCCUUUUCUAUAUCCUCCUUCCAUAGACACGAAAGGUGGCCUAGAUAGUAUUGUGGAAGGUGGGGGCAUAACCGAGGACAGCAUGUUCCACAGAUCUUCACCAAAUGUACCUCCUCACAUAUAAAGGUAAUCGUGCUAGUAAACAGGUCACAGCAAUGUCUAGUAAGCAUGAAAACUAGCUGGAAUUUAUGGCGGCCUAGCGAAUGCAGAAAGUUCCUCUCUUUGCUUGUCAUUUUCGUCAAUUAUGGAUACGCGGAAGUGAUAUGGGCGUAUCAAAGACUGCCUUCUUCACAUCCAACGGUUGCAGUGGGAAUUGGAGCAAAAUGAGGCUGCGAUCUUGUAAAAUAUUAGAUGAACAUCGGUCUUCGUUUUAAGUGGGUUUUAUCCCGUUUUGAAUUUCUUUUUUGGUUAUAUAUAUGUAAAUAUGUAAUGAAUAUGAAUAAUUUUUGGAUUGUGGGCAGGUUUUAGAGGGCUGGACUUGUAGUUUCACCAGAAUUGUUGGUGGUUAGUUUCAUAGAUUUUCUUUCCUUGAAAAGAACC